AUGCCUCAGCCAACGCUACCAGACCGAAUCUGGUCCGUGUUUUCCAUCAUUAGGCUUGGCUUCAAAGCGCCAUUCACAGAGCGCGGUCCCCCAGAGUUCCUGUAUGAUCUGUUCAAAGACUGCCUAAACCAGCUUGAGAAAGAGGAAAGACCCGAAUGGAUAAUGUGGGGCAAUGAGACGACGGAUCCGGACAGAAGCCCGGAUCGUAAUGAACCGGUACUCUGCGGUUCUUACCCUUGGUACGAGCGACACUGCGACUUCUUUACUGUUGAAGCUCCUUCAGAUGGUCCGCUCGAUGAUUCGAUCGAGGCCGAAAUGACGAAGUUGCGACAGAAUUGUAUAUCGCUCCUUCCUGAUAUUCUCUGUGGCAAGGAUCGUCCUCAUGGAGAUAUAAAGGAGGUGACAUUGGGCAUGGAUGCAUACCAGGAGAAGGUCGACCCCGAUCUUGGACAUCAUGUCAAUGAUUUUGUGCUCCUUGUCUACUGGUCAAACCAAGAGGCAAUGGCUCGAUUCAAGCACCCCGAAUUAGAGAGCAUAGCGCAGUAUGGAAAGAAGAUUGAGACUGAUUGGUGGAGACAAGAAGUUGACGCAGAAGUCCGACAGAAGAGGAUGUAA